AUGGAUAGUUCCAAGUUCCUUAAAAGGCCGCUAGCAUCAGAGGAUGUCCCUGACCCUGAUGCUAUAAGUAGCUACUUGAAGCACUCUUACAAGAAACAAAAGAUUCCAGAUGUUCCAAGAUCGUUAAAGCAAUCUGAAUCUGCUCCGAUUUUACAUUCGGUUCCUCCAAGUAUGAUUCCAAUUAUCCGCCCUCCACUUCAUUCUGAAGAUUUUUUUACCGACUUAACAACUGAGCUUGAUGAUAUGAAAGUCACCGAACAAGUGGAAGGUAUGUUGAGAAAAUUUCCUCCCCCCAUUCCACCUUAUUUACCAGAUCUGGUAGCUUCGUCUAAAGGGGGAAUAAUGAUUCCUUUUAUAUACCCACCCCCUCCAAUAAUAGAUCCGCUGGCCUUGCCAUAUUCUAAAGAACAAGCUUUACCGAACAGAGGUAAGAAAAAGAAUUUGAGGGGUUCCCCUAAGAGGACGGAUUCUUCGCCUCUAUCUGAACAGGCUUACGUUCAACUACCCCCAUUACCCUUUCCUCCUCCGAACUACAUGCCAUAUCCUUUGAUAUCUGAUGAAUCAACGUUAACGCCUGGGGAUGUCUUCGCGUCCUUCUUGGAAGCGCUGGAAGUUUUGCCGAGAACUGACAUGGUUCUUGCGAGUGCUGCAGGAUCAUUACUUGAUAUACGAUCCCAGGCGAGGGAAGAGAGAUUUUCGAUUCGGGACUUUGAAGACAAAAGGUCACAAAUAGCUAAAAAAAGAAACUUUGAAACUUCUGGUCCUUACAGUGGUGAAGAUGAUGACCUUUCAUCUUCAGCUUUAUCGUCGGAACAAGAAAAAGAAAACUUUGAGUAUGAUAUUUUUGCGAGUAAUGUGGAUAGAGAUGAUGCCUUCGACAACUAUCAGAAAAAUGAAAAGCAUAUUCUGACUCCUAAGUUUGAGCUCAGAAAGAUUCCGCCUUCAUACAUGGAUGUUCAACAAACGUUGAGUAAUAUCAAGGGAGUGAAGAACUCUAAGCUGAAAAAGGAGUACAUUGUAGAUGAUGAGUUUGAUGGUGACUUGAAUCAUCGUACCCAGUCGAUUGACUUGGAUCUGUUGGUUCCACCAAGCUCAAAAGAUGUAGUCUCGGCUAAUGGAAGUAACAAAGAAAAGAGAAGAAUGAGGCUAUUGGGUUACUAUGAAUCUUUGGAGAACUUGUCUUACGAAAAGCGAUAUGAGACAUAUAUCUCUAGAAAGGCCGAAUUGCUCCAAAAGUUGAAGAAUCUUAAGGACUCUAAAUUAUCGUUUACGAAUUCAGAUAUCAAAGAUGAUGAGUUGAUUCAACGAAAUAAUGAUCUUGAGUUUGUCAGGGAUGAGGAAUUAUUACGUAUGAAACUUUCUCACAACUAUGAGUCCCUCCAAAACUCGCAAGUUUUUUAUCAAAAUUCGAAUAAAAUCUAUAAGAACUUAAAUUCGUUGAUGGUAAACAAGCUACAAAAGCUUAAGAGCUUUUUUGAGUUGCAAAAAAAUUUGUUCAACGAUAUAGUAAAAAACAGUGAGAGUGAAAUAUUUGAUAUUCGUAAUAAAGAGUCGCAAAGGUUAGUGCAAGGUUCUUCUGAAAGUGACUUUAAGUCGAAGAUAAAAGAUGCCAUCAAACGUACUCUUGAAAAUCCUCAAGGAAGUGCCGACUCAGACGCGUUCAACUCACAUCAUCACUUGCAUCAUCCCAAUACAUUGGUUCAUGAUUUUAUGAGCCUAAUAUCGCCAGCAGAAUUUGAAAUUAUAACUGGCGAUGCGCCAACUAACCUUAAGGGUCAUUCUUCCAAAGAUUCUUUCAACUCUAAAACAGCAUCAGCGGGAAUUAAACAUCAAAUUUUUCAAAGCUCAUUGUAUGACCCGCUUACUUCGGGAUCUGAUACAAAUACCUCAGAUGGUGGAAGCUCGACACCUAGCAAAAGGAGAGGGAGAAGAGGUGCUGCGAUCAAUAUUGCAAAUGGCACUGGAAGGAGGGUGUCCGAAGAAGGUGAAAGGUCCAAGCAAUCCGAGGCCGUGUUGCUUGCUAAGAUCAUGAAACAAUUUAGCGGUCCACAGGCGGCUAAGCCUAACGAAUUGUUAAAUGAUUUAGAACUCUUGGGUAUAAACACAAGGUGGCCAGUGCAAAGUUCAAGAUAG